UCUGUAGUAAUACGAUUAGAGGAUUUGUAAAGCGAACCACAAUUAGCAAUUACCCAUCUUGGUCAGGGAGCUAAUUAAACCCGAGGUUUUAAACCGGUAAUAACUAACUUAGCCUGCGCUCCCUGCCCAAUGUCCAUGGAGCUUUCUUGCCUCUGCUAGAGGACAAGAUAACGCGGGGCAAAGGUCCGUCUCACUCGCCCUCCAUGCCCAAGGUAGUGGAGCCCAAUCAUCACCCUUGAGCACGAGAAGGAUCCUUUGGCUUAUUUCCGCAGACCCCUCACGCGUCACUCGUCGAUGCCGCUUGUCCAGACCGCGUCAGGCAAAACUAUAAAGUAGUGCACUCCACAAAGGCACUAAAUCCUAAAGCUCCAUCUCAAGCUUAACCUGCUCUCAAACUCCAUAGACCACCGUCCACCGUACGAAGGUCAUCAAGCCAGCACCGACCACCUGCAGCGAUGGACAUGACCGGGUCGGACCAGCAAUGGAGCUCCUCUUCCUCGCCGUCAUCGACCUCCUCGCACCCGAAGCGCCCCGCCGGGCGCACCAAGUUCAAGGAGACGCGCCACCCGGUGUACCGCGGCGUGCGGCGCCGGGGCAACGCCGGCCGCUGGGUAUGCGAGGUGCGGGUCCCUGGGCAGCGCGGCGAGCGGCUUUGGCUCGGCACGUACCUCACCGCCGACGCGGCCGCACGCGCGCACGAUGCCGCCAUGAUCGGCCUGCUCGGCCACUCAGCCGCGUGCCUCAACUUCCCCGACUCCGCGUGGCUCCUGGCCGUGCCACCCGCGCUCUCCGACCUCGCGGCCGUCCGGCGCGCGGCCCUCGCCGCCGUAGCGGACUUCCAGCGGCGGCAUGCCGGCAACGGCGCAGCCACCGUCCCUGCCGAUGAGGACACCUCCAGCGCGGACAACGCGGGCGGCUCGUCGGCGACGUCUCAGCCUUCGGCCGAGGGGACGUUCGAAGUGCCAUCCGCGCUGGGCAGCGACAUGUUCGAGCUGGACUUGUCUGGGGAGAUGGACCUGGGCACGUACUACGCCGACCUCGCGGAGGGGAUGCUCCUGGAGCCGCCGCCGUCGCUGGACAGCGGGGCGUGCUGGGAUGCCGGAGACGGCGGAGCUGACUACGGGCCAUGGAGCUACUGAACCAGCUGCAGCUGCUGAAUCAGCUGCUUUGAUUCUAUGCAACACACAUGUCGCAAUUGAUUUCAGCAUAAUAAAAUCUGUGGGAUCUGUAG